CUUCAGUCCUCUAUCUGAUUUUAUAAUGGAGAAAGCCCUGAAUUUGAAUCUUUUGCUACUCCCAUUUUGCCUUUUGCUUUCAUUAUCAGUUUCAGAGAUCAUUUUUGAAGAGAGAUUUGAUGAUGGGUGGGAGAGCCACUGGGUCAAAUCAGACUGGAAAAAGAGUGAGGGAAAGGCUGGAUCUUUUAAGCACUCAGCUGGGAAAUGGGCUGGAGAUCCAGAUGAUAAAGGUAUUCAGACAUACCCUGAUGCAAGACAUUUCGCCAUAUCUGCCAAGAUUCCAGAAUUCACUAACAAGAAUAGAACUCUGGUGUUUCAAUAUUCUGUGAAAUUUGAGCAGGAUAUUGAAUGUGGUGGUGGAUAUAUAAAGCUUCUUUCGGGAUAUGUCAAUCAGAAGAAAUUUGGUGGUGAUACUCCCUACAGUGUUAUGUUUGGCCCUGACAUCUGUGGCACACAGACGAAGAAGCUGCAUCUAAUCCUUUCAUACCAAGGCCAGAAUUAUCCCAUUAAGAAGGAUCUACAGUGUGAAACUGACAAGCUAACUCAUGUAUACACAUUUAUUCUUAGGCCAGAUACAUCUUAUAGCCUCCUGGUUGACAAUAAAGAGAAGGAAUCUGGAACCAUGUAUACUGACUGGGAUAUUCUUCCUCCUCAAAAAAUCAAAGAUGUAAAUGCAAAAAAGCCCAAAGAUUGGGAUGACAGGGAAUACAUUAAUGACCCUGAUGCUGUCAAACCUGAGGACUAUGAUUCGAUUCGUGCUGAAAUUCCUGAUCCAAAUGCUAAAGAGCCUGAUACCUGGGAUGAGUUCGAGGAUGGUGUUUGGAAGCCACCAAUGAUUCCAAAUCCAGCAUACAAAGGGCCAUGGAAACCAAAGAAGAUCAAGAAUCCAAAUUACAAGGGAAAAUGGAAGAUCCCAUGGAUUGAUAAUCCAGAGUUUGAAGAUGAUCCUGACCUUUAUGUGUUAAAGCCACUAAAAUAUGUCGGCAUUGAAAUUUGGCAGGUGAGGCACUAACAAUUCUUCCAUCUAUACUUACUGUCCCAAAUCAUACACACAAAAAAAACAAGAAAGCUUCCAUAUAUAGUUCUAUUCUCAAUUCAAAUGUUCUAACAAAAAUAAAAAGCCAAUUUCUUG